CCCAUCAUCUGUAAAAGAUACUGAGGAUGCUAGCGAAACUGACCUGGCAAAACACGAUGAAGAGGAUUAUGUAGAAAUGAAAGAACAGAUGUAUCAGGACAAACUGGCAUCACUUAAGAGGCAGUUACAGCAGUUACAGGAAGGUACUUUACAAGAAUAUCAGAAAAGAAUGAAAAAACUGGACCAACAGUACAAGGAAAGGAUCAGGAAUGCAGAACUUUUCCUCCAACUGGAAACAGAGCAGGUAGAGAGAAACUAUAUCAAGGAGAAGAAGGCUGCAGUGAAGGAGUUUGAAGAUAAGAAAAUUGAGCUGAAGGAAAAUCUGAUUGCUGAGUUAGAAGAGAAAAAGAAGAUGAUUGAGAAUGAAAAGCUAACCAUGGAGCUAACAGGAGGAUUUCAGCAUCUGGAUAAAGCGAGAGACGUUGCAUCAACAGGGGAAAGCUACCAUUCUAUGGAAGUGAAGCCUAUCAUGACGAGAAAAUUGAGGCGGCGACCAAACGAUCCUGUUCCUAUCCCAGACAAGAGGAGGAAACCUGCCCCUGCCCAGUUAAAUUAUCUGUUAACAGAUGAACAAAUAAUGGAGGACCUCAGAACGCUGAAUAAGCUUAAAUCACCCAAGAGACCAGCAUCUCCUUCCUCUCCAGAGCACCUGCCAGCUACACCUGCAGAAUCUCCAGCACAGCGGUUUGAAGCCCGCAUAGAAGAUGGCAAACUCUACUAUGAUAAAAGAUGGUAUCACAAGAGUCAGGCUAUUUACCUAGAGUCGAAAGAGAACACUAAGAUCAGCUGUGUGAUCAGCUCUGUGGGAGCCAAUGAGAUCUGGGUGAGGAAAACCAGUGACAGCACAAAAAUGAGGAUUUAUCUGGGACAGCUUCAGCGAGGGGUUUUUGUGAUCCGUCGGCGUUCAGCUGCAUGACUGUCUGUGCUCUUUCUUGAUUCUUUUUUAAAAGAAAGAAACGAACCUCUUACAGGGAAUAUCUCAGUCUGUCCACUCAACCUUGGCAACAGAGUAUGCUUUUAUGGCCUUUUGUGAGACAGUUUGUGGCUGGCCACAUUGUUCCCAAUAGUCCUUAAAUCUCUAGUGACACCCAAGCACUGCCCUGGACUACUUCUGGACUUUGCCAUAAAACUUCUUGAAGGUUUUCUUUGUUUUUGGGAGACUCUUUAAGAAGACCCUGCAUUAUAUUUUCUCAUUUUCACAUCUCUGCCCCACGAAAUGAAUAUGUACAUUGAAAACACCAUAACUUAUAUUUGGAUCAAGACCAUUGUGGGGACAGGGGAAAUGGCAGGGGCGGGGUGGGGUGGGGGGAACAGCUGCUUUUUGUCAAACUAGCUCUUUAUUUUCCUAAAACUCAGGAUGCUGAGCAAAUGAGUGAUCCUGCAAGCUUUCAGCUGCACUUCUGUAACAACAUCUGGUAUAUGACAUUAAUUCUGUGGGCUGAGCCAGUGAAAGAUUUGUCCAUGCAAUGAGGCACAAUGAGGAUUUUUUUAAGGAAAGUGUGAAAAGCAUUCUAGAAACUUUUAACAUGCUGCAAUUCUAGUGGACUUUUUAAUAUGCUUAAACAAUCUCAUAUAGUCCAAAGCUUCCUUUCUCUUCCCAUUAAAAACCUUUCAUGGAA